AUGUCAACCAACAAGGAGUUCACCUUCCGUGCUCGCCGUCUCGAGAGCGAAUCGGCCACUCUGCUCGAAACUUAUGGAGAGCGCGACAUUAAACAGUUCUACCGAUACAACUUGCCGAAAAUGCACGACCACCACCCAGAUCUCGUCGAAGCCAACUACGACUUCGGCCCCAUGAUUGAGGAUGCCGCCCGCCUGAACGAGAAAAUCGACAUGUUCGACAGCAACCCAGCCCUGCUCGACCAGGUGAUCUUCGGCGUGCAGUUCCCAGCUCUCUGCCACCCAGGCGUUGCAGAUUUCGUCGACGACAGGAAGCUCAUCGCUCUUCUCCUCGUCCGCCACUUUAAGAACCAUGGCGGCCUCGUGCUGCCGCCGCUCGAUGACGCGCAGCCGCUUUCUGAAGAGCACGCUGAGCGCCUGACACGACACAUGGCUGCUGGGGGCCGAUAUGUCCCUAUGCAUUACCCCAAUUGGUAA